AUGGAGGGCGACUCACAACCCGCACCGAAGCUCCCGAGGCACUCUGCAAGGCCACAGGCGGUUGAUGCGCCUGCGCGAGCAGAGUUUGCAUUCGACGGUAUGGAGGAGGCGCUGGACGCGUUUGGGCACGGAGAGUUCGUGGUGAUGAUGGACGACGAGGGGCGGGAGAACGAGGGCGACUUGAUCAUCGCGGCAAGCGAGGGGUCCACGGAGAAGAUGGCGUGGAUGAUCAAGCAUACUAGCGGGUACAUCUGCAUCGCGCUCCCGGGGGAGUGGCUGGACGAGCUCGCGAUCCUGAUGAUGGUCUCUGACAACCAGGAUCCACACCGGACGGCGUACAGUCACAGUAGACUACAGACACGGUGCGCCCACCCGUCCUCCUCCCUCGCCGCCGACCGCCGCCUCCCUCACCUCCCCGCCACGCCCGUCGCCCACCCAUCGUGCGCAUCCUCCAGCUGCAUCCCUCACCGCGUUGCGUCGCCCGUACGCACCGCGCCCGCAUUCGGAUUGCACGCGAGUCGUUAG